AUGGAGGAGCUAAGGAAGAUUAAGGGCGUGGGGCUUCCCAUCAUCGCCAUCAACUUCGUGGGCUUCCUCAAAGGGAUGAUCUCGGUGGUGUGCAUGGGGAGGCUGGGCCGACUGGAGCUGGCCGGCGGCGCGCUGGCCGUCGGUUUCACCAACAUCACCGGCUACUCUGUGCUUUCCGGUCUGGCCAUGGGGAUGGAACCCGUCUGCAGCCAAGCCUUCGGCUCCCGCAACCUCCCGCUGGUGGUGUGCUCGCUUCAGCGGACCAUCGUCAUGCUCCUGCUGGCUUCCAUCCCUAUCGCACUGCUGUGGGUCAACCUGCAGGCCGUCAUGCUGUGGCUGGGGCAGGACCCAGAGACCACCCGGGUCGCUGGUCUCUAUUGCCUCUUCGCCCUCCCCGACCUCCUCGCCAACAGCUUCCUCCACCCAAUCCGCGUCUACAUGCGCAGCAAGGCCACCCUGCAACCCCUCCUCUGGUGCACCUCGCUCGCCGUGCUGCUGCACCUCCCGCUGACGGCGGUCCUCGGCUUCACCCUCCGCCUGGGGGUCCCCGGGGUCGCAGUCGCCGCCUGCUGCACCAACUUCGUCACCCUCUUCUUCCUGCUUGUCUACAUGCUUUACGUCCGCAAGCCCAAGGAGCCUCUCUACAGCACUCUCCCUCCCUCCCCUUCCUGCUCUUCUUCCGCAGCGGGCCCGGGGAUGUCAUGGGGCCCCCUGGUCCGCCUCGCGCUGCCCAGCUGUCUCGGCGUCUGUCUGGAAUGGUGGUGGUACGAACUGAUGACGCUCGCCGCGGGGUACCUUCCCCAUCCGCGCGUCACGCUGGGGACGUCGGCCAUCGUCAUACAGACGACCUCCCUCCUGUACAUGCUGCCGGCCACUCUCAGCUCGUCGGUGUCCGUGCGGGUGGGAAACGAGCUCGGUGCCGGGCAGCCCGGCAAGGCACGGCUAGCGGCGGUGGUGGCGAUGGGUCUCGCCGCCGCCACGUCCUUCGUCAGCCUCCUAUGGACGACGUUGGGGAGGCACCUCUGGGGUAGGGCCUUCAGCUCCGACGGCGAGGUCCUCCAGCUGACCAGCGCCGUUCUGCCCAUAAUCGGCCUCUGCGAGCUCGCCAACUGCCCCCAGACCACCGGAUGCGGCGUCCUCCGCGGCAGCGCCAGGCCAACCAUCGGCGCCACCAUCAACCUCUACUCCUUCUACCUGGUGGGCGCCCCCGUGGCUCUGUUCCUAGCCUUCUUCCUCGACCUGGGGUUCCUCGGUCUCUGCUACGGGCUUCUCGCCGCCCAGAUGGCCUGCGCGCUAUCCAUAGUCACCGCCGUGUGCAGGACCGACUGGGACCGUGAGUCCUCCAAGGCCAAGGCUCUCGUCGGAGCCCGGCAGCGCUCCUCAGUCGCCCUCGCCGUCGAAGAAGCGCAGGAACACGAGGAGUUCCCCAAACAGCUCGCCCCCCCGGCAGACAAAGGGACGGCGGAUCAAGAUAGAAACCGGAGCCCACACGCCCACGUGAACGCUGACGCUUACUUAACAUAG